AUGCUGUCAACCAAGCUUUCACUAGCCUUCAUCCUCGCUAGUUUAUUGACCUUGAGUUUAUUCUGCUCUUGGUCUUUGAGAGUUGUCAACGGUCAACAAGUUUCCAAGUUGACAGUUAGAGAAAUUUUCUCUCCAAGUGCUGAUAGUGAAUUAUGGUUGAAUCACGAAUAUGCCUUGGAAAUGGCUCACCAUCCAAUGUUUGAUGACCAUUUGGAAAGUGUUUUGGCUGAUUUGGAUGGUUUCGAAUUCGAUGUCGAAUCUGAUGAAGUUUUAUUAGAAUACAUGAAUAGUUUAUCUGAUGCUGAUGCCAAAUUCUUCAGAAGAGCCUUCAGAGGAAUCGGUAGAGCCUUCAGAGGUAUUGGAAAAGGAAUCAGAAGAGUUGGAAGAGUCUUCAGAGGAGUUGGAAAGGGUUUAGCCAAAAUUGGAAAGGGUGUUGGAAAGUUCAUUAAAAAGUAUGGUAAAAUCAUUCUUCCAGUUGCCUUGACAUUUGCAACUGGUGGUUUGGGUGGUUUUUCAUUGGCUGGUUCAUUGGGAGGUACUUUGGCUAAGGGUGCUGCCUUGUUGAGUAAGGUUAGUGCAAUUGCUUCUAAGGGUAAUGCUAUUUUGAAUGGAUUGAAUUUGGUUACUGGUGGUAAAUCAAAGCUCCUUGGUAAGGUUUUGAAUUUCACAAAUAAGGUUACAGGUGUUUUGGGUAAGGGCUCAAUGCUUUUGGGUGCUGGUAAUUCAUUGGUUGGUGGACUUUCUAAUUUCAGUUUGAAGAAUAUUGCCUCUCAAUUGAAACCAAGCGAAUUGUUCAAGGGAUCAACUUUAUUCGAAAAGGGAUCAAACUUUUUGAAUAAGGCCUCUGGAUUGAUUCAAAAAGGACAAGAUUUUACAUCUAAAUUGAACACCUUAACAGGUGGCAAGAUUAAGAUCUUGAACAAGAUUUCAAAUACCUUGGAUAAGGCUCAAUCAUUUGCUGGAAUUGGUACUGAUGCAUUGAAGGGAUUGAAUGGUGGUUGGAAUUCUUUGAAGAACUUGAAUUUGAAGAAUCUUGACAUGAAGAGUUUAUUGACAACUGAAAAUAUCAAGAAGGGUUUGUCAAGACUCGAUUCUACCAUUUCCAAGACUCAAGACAUUGUUUCUCGUAUCAAUGACGUUACUGGUGGUAAGAGCAAGUCUCUCAACAAUAUCUUGAACGUUUUGAAUAAGGGUCAACAAAUUGUUGGUGUUGGUAAUACUGCAAUUGACAGAUUUUCUGAUAUUAAGGGUGCUGUUUCUAAUUUGAAGAAUUUGAAGAAUAUUGACAUGAAGAAAUUGUUCACUGUUGAUGGAAUUCAAAACAGCUUGUCAAAGCUUGAUAAUACCUUGGGUAAGAGCAAGGAAUUCCUCUCUCAAAUUAAUGACAUUAGUGGUGGUAAGAGCAAGGCCUUGAAUAACAUUAUUCAAAAAUUAGAAAAGGGUCAACAAGCUGUUGGUAUUGGAUCAACAGUUGUUGAUCAAUACAGUGGUAUUAAAUCAUCCAUUGAUCAAUUGUCUAGUUUGAAGCAAAAUGAUUUGAAGAAACUCUUAACUUUUGAUAAUAUUCAAAAUGGUUUGGGUAAAUUGAAUGGUGCUUUGGCUGGUGGUGAAAAGUUGGCCACUCAACUCAAUGAAUUCACCAAUGGUAGAAGUAAGACUUUGGUUGAAUUGAUUUCCAAGUUGCAAAAGGGACAAAAGGUUACUUCUGUCACUUCCUCAAUUUUGGAUGGAGCUAAGGAUGCCAAGGAAAGCAUUGAAAAGUUAAAGACCUUGAAGAAGGAAGAUUUGAACAAGUUAUUGACAGCUGAAGGUCUUCAAUCUGCAUUGAAUAGAAUGGCUACUGCUUUCCAAAAGGGUGAACAUAUUGCUUCUCAAUUGAAUGAAGUUACCGAUGGAAAGAAUAAGGGUUUGACCAACUUGUUAUCUGCUCUUCAAAAGGGACAAGCUCUUGCCAAUGCUGGUUCUACCUCAAUUGACAAGAUUAAUGGCAUCAAAUCAGCUGUUGAAACCUUAAAGACCAUCAAUGGCAAGGAUUUGUUCACUCAAGCAAAUUUGGAAAAGGCCAUGGAAGGAAUUAGUGCUGUUUAUGAAAAUGGAAAGGGAUUAGUUGACCAAGUUAAGGAAGUUAGAAAUACCUUCAAGAAGAAUGAUCAACCAGCUGUUGAAGCUCCAUCUAAUGAGGAACCAUCAGCCAAUACUGAAACUCCAUCAACUGAAACUCCAGCUGAAACUCCAAAUAAUACUGAAGCUCCACAACCAGACGUUGCUGAACAACCAUCUGCUCAAGAAGGAGAAGCUCCACAAGAAAUUGAUCCAGCCACCGCUGCAGGAUAA